AUGGACCAGCCAGAUAAUCAAGAUGCUCUUAUUAAAAUCAAGGAACAGAUCAGAAAACAGGACCAAUCAAUUAAAAUAUCCUUUUUACCGAAUCAGGUCUUCCUCGGAAACCACACUUUGGAAUUGGCGGCACCAGAGAUUACAAUCUCAUACAACAGAAGAAAUAAGCUUUCUUUGCGUGUGAGUUUUGCUGCAGAUCCUUCAAUCGGCUACAAACAAGUUCAUGCAUUUCUCUCAUUAGCGUUCAUCGAUCGGAUUUCGCUGAUGGACGAGCAUCAAGAGUUAUCUCCAGUGAUUAUUAUACACUUGACAAACGGUGGAUUUGAAAAAUUAUGUCACAGGCUAACUGGUUUGAAAGAAGUCGUCGAAGGUCCACACAAACGAAACAAAAAUUCGGCGAAAAGUUUGAUAUUCGUUUUGUCUCCAUUUACUGCUGACCCAGAUACUAUUGUCAAAAUAAUAUAUGCCGACAAGAACGAGAUAAAUGAUCGAUUCUUCGAGUUUGAAGUUGCGAAGAGUAUUUUCAAAAACGAGAUUGCUUCAGUAUGGUCGCAGUACUUCGUCGAGAAAGUGGCACGUCAUAGGGAAUCGCCUGUUUCUAAAAAUGGGAGUAAUAUCCAAGUAGUGGAGAGUAGAUGGUGGUCUACGUUCUUGAGCGACGUAGGUCUCAUAAAAGACACGCUCAACGAGACUGGAUUUGCAAGAUAUAAAAAAAAUCUUGGCCAUUCAAAAAACCACAAACUGCCUAUUCAUGUAAACAGUGAAGAAUACUCGAAGGGAAAGGCAGCAAGAAUACCAACUGAAACUCCGCAUCCAGAAGCAGUCACAGACCCUAAGAAAAUCAGCAAAAAGAGGAAAUUGUUGGAAAAUGAUAUCCACAAGCAUACGUGUUGGUUAAACCGCGAAGGUUGGGUGCCAGACUUUGUGGAACGUGCUAAGAAGGUUGCAAUGUCUCACAAUUUCGGGAAUCGUGAUACAGGACAAGGAGCAUUGGUCUUUAAGAAUGAGAUUCCGAUCGGGGACACGUUGAGGGUUAGUUAUCAGAACAUGGAAACAGCACCCGAAGAACUAGUUAUUCCGGUGUUCGAGCAUGAUGACACGUAUGAAGUCGAAAAAAACAACUGCGAAAACGAAAACAUUCUUGCAAAGCAAAAAAGUUUCGAUGAAGCUAUGGACUUCAAUGGUUUAGUUCUUCAAGACAUCAAUUCCCUACAUUUAACGCCACAUCAAAACCUGCUAUCUUCUCACCCAUACAACCAUGUGGGUUCUGAGGCAAAUGAUGUGGAUAUUGUUACUGCAUCGAUGAGUCACUUAGGAGAAGAGUCAUAUAAUUUCAAUACGAAUAAUUACACGGCAGUCUACAAUCAAAAUUGGCCGCUCCAACAGGCUCAAUACGGUACCAACAACCAACUGGGUGAUGUCAUGCAAUUUCAGAGUCCUUCUCUCAUCCAGAACCAAUUAUCUCAGGAAGACAAAGAAUUAUCAUCGUCUAAGAAAAAUGUUCCUCGGCGAGAAUCAACGACACCGCCACCAAGUGUCUCGGUCAAAGAAAAACGUACAGUCGACACGAUUGCAUUAGGAAAUGAAAGACUAUUCCAAUUCCCACCUGCAGGGGUUGAAUCUCCCGGAAAGGAUCACAUAACAGUUGAAGUCAAGGAUGUACGGACUCUAGAUCGUAAAGAGUUCAUUAAUGACAAUGUAAUGGGAUUCAUGUUAACCUACAUUUGGUGUUAUAUGAUCGAUGAGGAAUUAAAGAAGAAAGUUCACAUGUAUAACACAUUUUUCUACUCCAACUUAACGAAAGGUCUUCCACCUCUUUGUUACUCCCAGCGCAAGCCAAUCACUGCUGACAACGAGAGCAUCUUAAAAGGCGGAAUUCAGCGUUGUGCUCGUUGGACAAGAUCAAUGGAUCUCUUCACCAAAGACUAUAUUAUCAUUCCUAUCAACGAAGAUCUUCACUGGAUGGUUAUUGCAAUCAUAAACCCAGCAGGCGCAAUUGUCGAUAUGUCCGAUGAAGAAAAUUCAAGAAACGCUCCAAAGACUUACAUGUUGUUUUUCGAUCCGCUGAGCGGCCUCGAUCCAAGUAGACGUAAUCAUAUGUGCUAUUGCGUUAAGAAAUUUGUUCUCGAGCUGUAUGCAAGUACAAAGGCUCCUGGAAAAAAAUUUGCAUCAGGGAAACAAGAAGUUUGCGACGAAACAAGAAUUAUUGAUAUUCGCCCGAAUAACGCUCCAAUUCAAGAUAAUUUCUACGAUUGCGGGUUGUAUGUACUACACUUUGUCGAGGGACUCUUUUGCAGCCCCAAACGUCCCGUAACUGUCAACGAUUUUCCGGAAUUCGAUUGGUCUGAAUUUUAUCCAGAAGCUCACAAAAUGUGUGAUGUGAUGCGUGACAAAGUAUACAAUUUGAUUUUGGGACAGUCAAACAAGCUAGCACGAAGCCGUCUUUCUCUGUUCGAAAAAGCAUGUAAAGUGGGACUCUCCAGGGAAGGAAAACUUCGUAAAUCACGUCGUCAUAGCGCUGCUGAUCAUCGCCGUAUCCCGCGUCAUGAGGAUCACUACCCACGUCAUUUCUCGCUAAAUCCUCCGAAUCGAAACGUGAUUCUUGAUGAUCCCACUUUCACGAACCCACGGGCAUUGGCUCUUAUGCCAUUAACUCAGCGGGUUCGUAGUCUUAGAAUUCCUGAAGAAAACUUUCCCAUCGCUUAUUAG